AUGGCUAACCAUUUCAAAGCUCAUCCUCCCGAGCCUAAAGGUAGUGGGACGGAAAGACGCAUUACCGUCGAGGUCGACUACCAAGAGGCAGACGGGGUGCGCCACCUCACCCUACACGAUGUGCCCAUCCCGCUGUCGUACGAAACGUUGUGCAGCGGAUUCGAGGCAAAGGGUCUGAAACCUCCCGAGGCCAUACUCGUCCUCAAGGAGGAAUAUCCGCUCACCGUCGUGGAUGGCCCUUCAACCUUCGAGCGUGGAGUGGGUGGCGCAGUCAAUAUCAACGAACCGUUACUUCAUUACUACAAUCAGUGUUUUCUGCCAACUGUUUCUCCUACUGGCUGUGGGACGGCAGGUUCUGCAGUGGCCGCGUCUAGCACUCCAGGAUACACUGCCAAUGCGCACAUGUUGGAGAUUUAUGGCGUCGACAUCAACUUCCACAGAACAGUCCGUGUUCCAGAUAAUAACAGCAUGAAUUUAUUGCCUCCCUCCAUGGGUCUAUUCCCCAUCUAUAACACGGCAGAAUACAAGGAUCGUCUUCCUGCGUCCAUCGCGUCCGAUAGUGACAUUUUUAUCACCCUCUACCAGCGUGAGGCGAUGUGGAUAUCGUUCGACACUGGAUAUAGCCGUACGGCAGCGGUCAAGAUAUCUGUGGGUGGCGUCAAUGCCCUGACGGGCCUGCCCAUGGAUGCGCCGUCGGUGGGCACACAGGAUUAUUUGGCGAUCAAGCCGGAGGGUGGCCAGAGCUGGAUCGAUGGUGUGUCCACAGCGCCUGGAGUUGUUCGUCAAUUUGUCGCAAUGUCCCUUGGGAAAGGGCUCACGGUGGAGGGGCAGAUAACUGGAACAGAGACCGUCGGAGGCCUGCAAAUGGAGGUCUUCCCCACCUUUCCCACAACGGUUGAUUUCCAUCGCAACGGAGACCUCGAUUUCUACAAGACCCCGCGAGAGCUGGGUCUCGUUGCGGGCGAUACCUUAACUUUUACAGAUCGCCAACAGGACGAGGACGAAACACCGAGGAUACUGGGCAAAACACGGAGCACUAUGACAGUCAUGGCGCCCAUGGUGCGGAUCGUGGCCUAUGCCACAUAUGACUUCAACGCAAAGCUAUCAGUCCACAUCAUGCCCUCGGAUGAAACGGUCACGAUGUCGUUCCCGUCCGUCAACAACGUUUACGCCAUUAAACUGGCUCUCAGAGAGAGCCAGAUGGUAGCGCCCAGCAAACAGCGACUGAGUUACAAGGGACGAGCGCUCAAGGAUGAGGACUACAUCAGCGACUACGGCAUCGUGCCGGGAUGCACCAUCGAACUGGAAGCUGAAACUUUCGGAGGCCUCUGGCGACCUCGCGGAAAGAUACGUCCCGCGGCCCAAGCGGCUUCAGGCCUCGCUGCCGGCGGGCGUAUCACGCAGAAGAUUGUCAAAGACAGCCUUCCCGCGUCCGCGUAUGACCGUUCGCGCGGCGUGCGCGUGCGCGUCGGGAUUCUGAACUCGUCGUACUUCGCCGCAGCAACGGGCCUCCCGCCCCCCGAGACGCCCAUCAGCAGUGCCACGUAUAACAAGCUCAGACUCCCGUGGUUCGUGCUCUAUGAGGAGAAUGUGCCCGUUGCGGACAAUCUUACGGUGCCGAACAAGCUUACGGAGGUGAAAUCGGUGGCUAAUUUGAAGGCGUCCGAGGGAUCUGGCAAGGUGGGUGGAUACUAG